AUGAACAGAGAGAACCAAGAGGAGGGGACUGCGCUGCCGUCAGCUGCCCAGCCCGAGGGCCUCGCAGCUGGGGGACACUUCUGCACGGCCCUGGGCCAAUCCUGGAGCUCCAGAGAUGACCCAAUUGCUGCUCAGAAGAGAAAUCUGAAGAACUACCACUUCAUCCUGGCCAACCUGGGCUUCCUGGACCUGAACAUGACAGAGUUCCAGAGGCUGGGUCCUAACGUGACGGGCCUCCAGCUGGUGAACCGGUCCGAUCCGGCCGUGGAGAAGAUCGACCGGGACUGGCUGGAGUUUGACAGCAAAGACCUUAAACUGGCCCGCAGGAGGCUCAGGUAUACGGGAGCUCUGACAUACGACGGCGUCAGCGUCAUGGCGACGGCGUUCCAGAACCUGCGGCGGCAACGCAUCGACAUCUCUCGCCGUGGCAACGCCGGCGAGUGUCUGGCGAACCCGCCGGCGCCCUGGGGCCAGGGCAUCGACAUACAGAGAGCCCUGCAGCAGGUGCGUCUGGACGGGCUGACCGGUUGGGUCCAGUUUGAUGAGCGAGGUCAUCGGACCAACUACUCUCUGAGUGUGAUGGAGCUGAGCCUCACCGGGCCCAGGAAGAUCGGCUACUGGAACGAGGCCAGAGGCUACGUCAACACGGCCGUCUACAAACCGCCCAUGGAGGACUUAAAGGACCUGCCCAACAGAACCUUCAUCAUCACCACCAUACUGGAGGCUCCCUACAUGAUGCUGAAGAAGAACCACGAGCAGUUUGAAGGGAACGAGCGGUACGAAGGUUACUGCGCCGAGCUGGCGGCGGAGAUCGCCAAACACGUGGGCUUCGUGUACCGGCUGGAGCUGGUCGGGGACGGCAAGUACGGAGCCAGAGACCCCGACACCAAGCUGUGGAACGGCAUGGUGGGAGAACUGGUCUACGGGAAGGCAGACGUGGCCGUGGCCCCCCUCACCAUCACCCUGGUGCGAGAGCAGGUGAUUGACUUCACCAAACCCUUCAUGUCUCUGGGGAUCUCCAUCAUGAUCAAGAAACCCACCAAGUCCAAACCGGGCGUCUUCUCCUUCCUGGACCCGCUGGCCUACGAGAUCUGGAUGUGCAUCGUCUUCGCCUACAUCGGAGUCAGCGUGGUGCUCUUCCUGGUGAGUCGUUUCAGUCCUUAUGAAUGGAAGGGGGAAGACUCUGACGAUGAAGAUGAAACUAUGCCCUCCUCUUCCUCCCGACACGCUCAGCCGUCCUCUUCCUCUGAGCUCGUUCAUUCUCCAGGGUUCUUCCAGGCUCACAUCCAGAACCAGAACCAGCAGAAAGAGAAGGAGAGCCCGGAGCACACCAACGACUUUGGGAUCUUCAACUCUCUCUGGUUCUCUCUCGGGGCCUUCAUGCAGCAGGGCUGCGACAUCUCCCCCAGGUCUCUGUCGGGCCGGAUCGUGGGGGGAGUCUGGUGGUUCUUCACCCUCAUCAUCAUCUCGUCGUACACGGCCAACCUGGCGGCGUUCCUCACCGUGGAGCGCAUGGUGUCUCCCAUCGAGAGCGCCGAGGACCUGGCCAAGCAGACCGAGAUCGCCUACGGGACGCUGGACGGGGGCUCCACCAAGGAGUUCUUCAGGCGCUCCAAGAUUGCUGUUUUUGAGAAGAUGUGGUCGUACAUGCGCAGCGCGGACCCCUCGGUGUUCGUGAAGAACACCAACGAGGGCGUGAUCCGCGUCCGCAAGUCGAAGGGCAAGUACGCCUACCUGCUGGAGUCCUCCAUGAACGAGUACAUCGAGCAGAGGAAGCCCUGCGACACCAUGAAAGUGGGCGGGAACCUGGACUCCAAGGGUUACGGCGUGGCCACGCCCAAAGGAUCGCGCCUCAGAAUCCCAGUAAACCUAGCAGUACUGAAGCUCAAUGAACAAGCCAUCUUAGACAAGUUGAAAAACAAGUGGUGGUAUGACAAGGGGGAGUGUGGACACAAGGACUCCGGCAGAAAGGACAAGACGAGCGCUCUCAGUCUGAGUAACGUGGCCGGAGUGUUCUACAUCCUGAUUGGAGGGCUGGGCCUCGCCAUGCUGGUGGCGCUGGUCGAGUUCUGCUACAAGUCCCGCAUCGAGUCCCGACGCAUGAAGGAACUCAUCGACGCCGCCAUGAGCAGCAACCUCGGCGGGAUGGCGAGCGGCAGCUCGGCGGGCGGUUAUGGAGGAGGGGGGUUCCUCACCCCGCCCUUCACUCCUCUUCCUCUUCCUCCGCUCGCCACGUUCAGGCUCAGCACAACGUUCACCCCCGAGAGGCUGGAGAAGAGUCUGAGACAUUUUGAAACAAGCCCUUUGUUCAGGAUCCUUACUCGAAAUCAGUGGAGAGAAAACAGCGAUGGAGAGGAGGAAGAGGAGGAAGAGGAGGAAGAGGAUCCCUGA